GAAAAAGAAAACCUCCGAGGUCAGUGCGGGGCGAGGUGAGCCCCUCCCAGGACCCUCUGGCCCAGGAGGAUGGGCGCCGGCUUCGCUCUUGCAGGCCGGUUUGCUGUCCGGGUAAGCGCGGGAAAGGCGGCCUCAGGGCGCGGCGGCAGCGCAGCGCGUGGGAUCUCACGACCCAUCCGUUAACCCACCGCUCCCGGGAGCUCCGAGGCGCAGCGGCGACAGAGGGCUUUCUCUACGUGCUGUUGUCUCACUGGGUUUUUGUCGGAGCCCCACGCCCUCCGGCCUCUGAUUCCUGGAAGAAAGGGGUGGUCCCCUCAGCCCCCCCAGCAUCCCGGAAAAUGGGGAGCAAGGCUCUGCCAGCGCCCAUCCCGCUCCACCCGUCGCUGCAGCUCACCAAUUACUCCUUCCUGCAGGCCGUGAACACCUUCCCCGCCACGGUGGACCACCUGCAGGGCCUGUACGGUCUCAGCGCGGUACAGACCAUGCACAUGAACCACUGGACGCUGGGGUAUCCCAGUGUGCACGAGAUCACCCGCUCCACCAUCACGGAGAUGGCGGCGGCUCAGGGCCUCGUGGACGCGCGCUUCCCCUUCCCGGCCCUGCCUUUUACCACCCACCUAUUCCACCCCAAGCAGGGGGCCAUUGCCCAAGUCCUCCCAGCCCUGCACAAGGACCGGCCCCGUUUUGACUUUGCCAAUUUGGCGGUGGCUGCCACGCAAGAGGAUCCGCCUAAGAUGGGAGACCUGAGCAAGCUGAGCCCGGGGCUGGGUAGCCCCAUCUCGGGCCUCAGUAAAUUGACUCCGGACAGAAAGCCCUCUCGAGGAAGGUUGCCCUCCAAAACGAAAAAAGAGUUUAUCUGCAAGUUUUGCGGCAGACACUUUACCAAAUCCUACAAUUUGCUCAUCCAUGAGAGGACCCACACGGACGAGAGGCCGUACACGUGUGACAUCUGCCACAAGGCCUUCCGGAGGCAAGAUCACCUGCGGGAUCACAGAUACAUCCAUUCCAAAGAAAAACCCUUCAAAUGUCAGGAGUGUGGGAAAGGAUUUUGUCAGUCUAGAACUCUAGCAGUUCACAAAACUUUACACAUGCAGACAUCAAGCCCUACAGCUGCGAGCAGUGCGGCAAAGUGUUCAGGCGAAACUGUGAUCUGCGGCGGCACAGCCUGACUCAUACCCCGCGGCAGGACUUCUAGAGAAGCCCAGGAUCUGUCCCGUGCCGCCACUGCUCCCCUCCCCAGACACCUCUCCACGUCUCCUACCCGGGGGGUCGCAUCCCUAGCCCUUCACUGACCCCAGCUCUUCCCUUGCUGCAGCCGCACCUGCAGCUCCAGGGAGUUAACUCUUCUUCUGGGGGACUGAGAACUGUAGAAAGCCACACACUACAUCCCUUCACAAAGAGUAUAUGCUAGUUUCUUGUAGAUAUUCACAGCUCAUUUUAGAGCUCUGUACAUAAUGUUGUGGGUCUUUGUUUUUUUGUUUUGUUUGUUUUUGGAUCUUGUUGGAUGCACCUAGAUAUGGAAAAUGGAAGCCAAAUUUUAUCUUUAAAGACUGUAUUUUCAAAAUAAAACUUUUUCUUGUUUGUUUCAA